UUUUUCGUUUUUCUCAUGCUCGUAAAAACCCUUCGUGUAAAUUUAUGCUGCAAUGUUCAGACCAUCUGUUCUCUUGAUUGCACAUGAUUUGUUUUGUGUGACACUAGUUUUGUUGUCUUUAUCGAUUAGCUUAGUUCGGGCAGUGACUAUUGUUUUGUUUUUCUGGAACAUAUUGAAGUGCCGUGGCAUACAAGAGAAACUAUUUCUCCAUUUACAUCUGUUCUUUGUGUUUAGAUCAAAAGGUUGGCGGAGAGUUCUGCCAGGAAUGCACGGCUCUAUUCACCAUGUUUUCCGGUAGCUUCAUUCUGCAUCUAGUCCUCAAAUUACGAUCCAGGUAUUCGUGCUUUUAUUAUUACAGAUACGAUGGAAACAGCCUUGCAGCUGUCGGCUCCACACGAGUCCAUGUAAUACUUCUCAUGAAUUCGUGGGUAGAAAAUCAUCGAUAUCUAUCUCAAAACUCAACUUGCUCAAGUGGAUUGCAAACCACCCGCCUUUCUCAACAUACUCUCUUUCUCAAUGCCAGCGAAUAUCGAUGCAGAUGUGCUCGCCACACUAAUGUGGCCCAACUAUGAAUUUAGAGGAAGAAUUUGAAUGAUCACUGCAAAUUCGCUUCUCUCCAGUUCCAAAUAAUGAGGCAGACCGGUUUGCUUGUUCGGAUGAAAACGCACACACCUGUUUGAAGGGAUGGGCUAAGUCGCAAUCUUCGGUCCUCAUGCAGGAUCAGAUGCACCUGUGGUACUGCUAUAGGGACAAGUCAGCCACUCCAACUUUCAAGGUAGUUGCCUCACGGUGCGCAUGAAUGUCGGGAGUGCACUUUAGUUGACGCACAUGUGCUGAAGGCGUUUAUAUUCGAGAUCUGGCACUCUUGAGAGAAUGUUCACUCUCAACGCAGUCACAAUCGAUUGAAAGCAGGAGUUCAAUUCAACGCAAUCAGAAGUUUAACUGUAGCACCUGCCAGGUACCCCUGAACCUACUUGAUUUCAAGGUGACGAUGUAUGGCAACCUGGUUCGAGGGGUUCCCUAAGAGGGAUUGGAUUUUGCAAAGCUUAUUGAGAGGACUAGAGAUUCACUUAGAGGGGAGGUGCUGAGCAACAUGCCCGACAUACACAGGCCUCGAUUGCAUUCCAAUGCGGGAGGUGCAAUUACAUGUGAACACUCGUCAUUGCAAAAUUUCUCCGAGCCAGAGAUGGCGACCCCCUGGUCCACAGUCCAAUUUUCUACAGUGUCGGAAAAGUUUGUCUUGCCGGAGCAUCAGCGGCCCACAGUGAAGCAUGACGAGUACAGGGAUUUGGAUAUUCCAGUUAUAGACUUGGCUCCGUAUUUCGAAGGUCAGAGGGCAGCUCUACAGACGAUAAUCGCGCAGGUGAAAGAUUCCUGCUCAAACUGGAAGUUCUUCCAUGUCGUGAAUCAUGGCGUCGACGAGGCACGACUUUCCCGAAUAGAGCACCAGCCGCAGCAAUUCUUCAAGCUGCCUCGUAAGGGCGACAUUCGACCUUGGGCAGAAGGUCUCUACUUCGUGAGAGAUGGUUCCACGUCUGAAAUGAUCCACGAGUUGUGGCCGAAGAGCAACAACAGUAACUUUGUGAAGGUGUUUAUCUUCAAUUUUGGCAAACUCUUUGGAUUGAUCACUUCGUCUCUCUCUGUGUGUGUGUGUGUGUUUGAGGAUGUCUGCGUAGACCAGAUUUCAUUUAUCUGUGAAGUAAUUUGGUCUGUAGACGUUGCCUGCAGAGAUUCGUACAAUGAAUACACUUCCAAGAUGCAAGAGCUGUCUGAACUCUUCUUUCACAUAAUCAUAACUGGCUUGGGCGUUGACUCCACCCAUUUCGAACGGAUCACGAAAAAUGCUGGAGGGCUGUUUCGUUGGAAUUACUAUCCUCCUUGCCCCGAGCCGCACAAAACCAUAGGCCUGAAACCGCAUACAGACUUCAACCUCUUGACCAUCCUGCACACGAGCAAUGUUGGCGGACUGCAAAUUUGGCUAGAGGGGAAAUGGAGCGGGAUCAGACCACGUCCAAUGCUCUGACUAUUCUCGUCGAUGACACUCUCCAGGUUGCCAAUCAUCGCUGAAACUGCAGCAUGAAACCAUCAAAUGCAGCUGGGUGCAGAUAACUGUAACUAU